AUGAGUGAAAUCGAAAAUAAAAAUGUGGAAAAAAUUCAAAACAUUCAAGAAUUAUUAAAGGAUAAAGAACUAUUACUAUCAAGUAUGGAGGAGGAACAAAAUAUAGAUGAAGAUAUUAUAAAGGAGGUGAUAACAAAUUUAAAUUUAUUAAAAGAUGUUGAAAUAAAUAAAGAUAUUUUAAGAAUAACAAAAAUUGGUAUAACUGUUAAUAAGCUUACCAAAAUAAAUAAUGAACUUGUGCAAAAUCUAUCAAAGGAUCUUGUUGAAAAGUGGAAGAAUAUUGCUAAGAUGGAAAAAUUGUCUUCUCUCAAAAAUUAUGAAAUGAUGAAAAAAAGGAAAUCGGAAAAAAUAGAAAUGGCAAAUGAUAAGAUAAAUAAUGAUAAUAAUAAUGAUAAUAAUAAUGAUAAUAAUAAUGAUAAUAAUAAUAAUGAUAAUAAUAAUAAUAAUAAUAAUAAUAAUAAUAAUAGUGACAACAAUUUUAGUAGUAAUAAUAAUAAUUUGUGUGAAGGAGAAGUAGAGUUUAAAAAAGCUAGAUUGAAUGAAAAUGGUUUACAUAAAUGUAGCUCAUCAGAAAGUAGUAAUGUACCUGAUUAUAAUAUAAUAAAAGAUAAUUUUAAUAAAAUAAAAAAAAACGAUAUAAAAAUAGUGAAUGAAUGGAACUAUGAUGGAAAAUUUCAUAACGAUAUGCAUAGAGAUAAAGCUAAACAAUUUUUAUUUAAAGCUUUUGUUGUUGGUUCUUCUGAUAAUUUAUUAUAUUUUAUUGAAAAAAAAAAAUUGAAUGAUAUAAUUUAUAAUAUCGAAUGUGAACUAUAUAAAGUAUAUAUGGAAAAAAGAAGCUCACAAAAAGAAUAUAAUAUGCAAUUAAAAUCUAUAAAAUUUAAUUUAAGUGAUAAAAAAAAUCCAAAUUUUAAUGAAAAAGUUUAUUCAGAAUUUAUUUCUUCUAAAGCCUUAGCUACUAUGAACUCUCAAGAUAUGGCUAGUGAUGAAAAAAAAAACGAAAGAAAAAAAUGCUUACAAGAAAGUUUAUUAGCUUGUCAAUCUGAUUGGGAUGUAAAAAAUAUACUCUUAAAAAAAUCGAGAAAAGGAGAAUUCCAAUGUUUUAAAUGUAAGGGUUAUGAUACUAUUUAUCAUCAAUUACAAACAAGAAGUAGUGACGAACCUAUGACAACCUUUGUUACAUGUUUGAAGUGUAAUAAUAGAUGGAAAUUUUAA